CAAAGUCCUGUCCGAUUGAAUUGGCUCUGCUCAAACGAAACGACAUUCAAUCCCCAUCAACCACGUGCGGCGGGGAGGCCGACGGUAGCCGAGCGCGGGGAGGAAUUUGAUGAGGCUCAGCCGCCCUGACUGGACUUCACGCUGAAUCUUUCUUGGCAGUCAAGAAACGAUUAUCUCCCUUCCUAAACCGGCAUCUUUCCUGACAGACCUCAACUCUUGGUCGAAGGGACACUUCACUUUCACCUUCUCUGGACCACCCCCGGUUCUCCUCUACUCCCACUUGGAACAACGAUUCUCAACCUCCUUGCUUCACCAUCGUCAAAGGCUACGCAGCCUGGCGGAGCAUGAAGCGCGUCUAUCUCAGCAUCCUCUAACCCACCACACUCGCCCUCAACAUGUCGGCGUCUGCAGCCGCGCUGCGUCUCCGGGCACAAUGGCUUGCUACUAGGAAGCCCUUGUCAAGCCGUUGUCUCCUUCUCGCCCGAUCCUCGCCGCAAGCCUACAAAUCUCACAAUCGACUCGUCCGCCCAUUCUACUCAAGCUCUACCCAAGACACCCUCAGCACCGAGCCCCACGGUCAAGAUGGCACCUCCAUCUUUGCCCCGCUGGAUACGUUUGCACGUCGACAUAUCGGCCCGACUGCAUCGUCAGCAGAAGAAAUGCUACAAGCCCUCGACCCACCGGUCAAAAACUUGGACGACUUCGUCAAGUCCGUCCUCCCGCCCGAUAUCGUAUCCGGAAGACCACUGAAGAUCGAAGGGCCGGUUCUGAACGGCGAGGUGGCGCGCACAGAAGAGUCGGGAUUUUCGGAAAGCGCACUUCUCGAGCGCCUGAAAGAGAUUGCAAGCCAGAACAAGGUCUACAAGACUUAUAUAGGAUGCGGGUACUCGGGCACCAGAGUCCCAGAGGUGAUCAAGAGGAAUAUUCUGGAGAAUCCGUCAUGGUAUACCAGCUACACCCCCUAUCAACCCGAAAUCAGUCAAGGUCGUCUCGAGUCCUUGCUCAAUUUCCAGACCAUGGUCUCGGACUUGACGGGACUGGACAUGGCAAAUGCUUCUGUGCUGGAUGAGCCCACCGCUGCUGCGGAAGCUAUGACGUUGUCGGUCAAUGCUCUACCGAUGGCACGGCAGAAACGGGCGAAGAAAGUCUACCUGGUGUCGCAUUUGUGCCAUCCCCAGACGAUUGCGGUGCUGGAGAGCCGCGCGCAAGGCUUUGGCAUCACGAUCGAAGUCGCGGACGUGCUCAAAGACGAUAGCAAGCGGGUGAAGGAGACCGGAGAAGAUCUCAUUGGUGUUCUCGCACAAUACCCCGACACACUUGGGGGAGUCCACGACUUCCGAUCUCUCGCGGACAACGUGCAUAAACUCCAGGGCACCUUUGCCGUCGCCACAGACCUCCUAGCUCUGACGCUACUCACACCACCCGGCGAGUUUGGCGCAGAUGUGGCAUUUGGUAAUGCGCAACGAUUUGGUGUCCCGUUCGGAUUCGGUGGACCGCAUGCAGCCUUUUUCGCAGUGAGCGAGAAACACAGACGCAAGAUUCCUGGCCGCCUGAUUGGUCUAUCGAAAGAUCGCUUGGGCGACAAGGCCGCCCGUCUAGCAUUGCAGACCCGAGAGCAACACAUCCGCCGUGAGAAGGCAACGAGUAACAUUUGCACCGCGCAAGCGCUCUUGGCGAACAUGAGCGCAAUGUACGCUAUCUACCAUGGGCCACACGGCCUCAAGAGGAUCGCGGAAAAGGUUGCGUGCAUGACACAGGUUGUUGCCAAAGGUCUGGAACAAUCUGGUCUGGAAGUUGUGCAUCCUGUCGCCUUCGACACUGUUAUUAUCAAGAAGUCAGGUGCAAAAGGUUUCGUCCAGAAGACGGCACAAUCGUCGCACAUCAACUUCCGAGCUGUGGAUGAUGAUCAUGUCGCCAUCUCUCUCGACGAGACCGUUGGAAAGCCAGAGGUUGUGGCAAUCUUGAAAGCCUUCACGACCGAGGAUGUGGAUUUCGACAGUCUAGGAAAGGAAGUCAGCGCAAUCGCGAGCGUGCCGGAGGCGUUGCAACGCACAUCGGACUACCUUACUCAUCCAGUGUUCAACUCGCACCACUCGGAAACCCAACUGCUCCGGUACAUGCAUCAUCUCCAAUCGAAAGAUCUUUCUCUGGUUCACUCCAUGAUCCCACUGGGGUCGUGCACGAUGAAGCUGAACGCAACCACCGAGAUGGUACCGGUGACUUGGCCGGAGUUCUCUUCCAUCCACCCUUUUGCCCCCUCGGACCAGAGUCGAGGCUACAAGCAAUUGAUUGAGGAACUAGAGAAGGACUUGGCCGAGAUCACCGGGUUUGACGCUGUAUCGCUACAACCCAACUCUGGUGCGCAAGGCGAGUUUGCAGGCCUGCGAGUCAUUCGCAAAUACCAAGAGCAACAGCCCGGCAAGAAGCGAGACAUCUGCUUGAUUCCCAUUUCUGCACAUGGCACCAAUCCCGCUAGUGCUACCAUGGCGGGCAUGCGCGUCGUGACCAUCAAGUGCGACUCUGGCUCGGGCAACCUGGAUAUGCAAGACUUGAAAGCCAAGUGCGAGAAGCACAGCGAGGAGCUCGGUGCGAUCAUGGUCACCUAUCCCAGCACCUUUGGCGUAUUCGAGCCCAAGAUCAAAGAAGUGUGCGAAUUGGUGCACCAGCAUGGCGGGCAGGUGUAUAUGGAUGGCGCCAACAUGAAUGCUCAGAUUGGCUUGUGUUCGCCAGGAGAGAUCGGAGCGGAUGUGUGCCAUCUUAACUUGCACAAGACGUUCUGUAUCCCGCACGGAGGCGGCGGGCCCGGCGUGGGACCUAUCGGAGUUGCGAAACACCUCACACAGUUCCUUCCCGGCCAUCCGCUUGUUGCAAACGUCGGUGGCGACAAGGCCAUUGCACCCAUCUCUGGCGCGCCAUGGGGAUCCGCCAGUAUUCUACCCAUCAGCUGGGCCUACAUCAAGAUGAUGGGCGCGAGAGGACUGACGCACGCCACCAAGAUCACUUUGCUCAACGCCAACUACAUCCUCUCCCGGCUGAAGCCCCACUAUCCCAUCCUGUACACCAACGACAACGGUCGCUGCGCACACGAGUUCAUCCUCGACGUGCGGAAGUUCAAAGAAAGCUGCGGCGUCGAGGCCAUCGACAUUGCGAAGCGCCUGCAAGACUAUGGCUUCCAUGCGCCGACCAUGAGCUGGCCGGUGGCUAAUACGCUGAUGAUCGAGCCGACGGAGUCGGAAGACAAAGCGGAGCUGGAUCGCUUUUGCGACGCUUUGAUUUCCAUUCGCAAAGAAAUUGCGGAGGUGGAGGAAGGGAAGCAGCCGAAGGAGCAGAACGUGCUCAAGAUGGCGCCGCAUUCGAUGAAGGAUUUGAUCAUCUCGAAGUGGGAGCGGUCGUACGAUCGGGAAAAGGCGGCGUACCCGCUACCGUGGCUGAAGGAGAAGAAGUUUUGGCCGAGCGUGACGCGGUUGGAUGAUGCGUACGGCGAUAUGAAUUUGUUCUGCAGCUGUCCGCCGCCCGAGGAGAGCGUGGAGGGGAUGACUGGCGCUGCAGCGCCCGCUCCUACCUGAUGUGAGUGCAAGGCUUUGCGAUCGCACGUUUCAACAAGACCCUCUACCUGGAGCCAUACCCGAUGAAGCGUGUUCUUUCCCAGCAAGGCGUUGAGGUGUGUGGCAUCUUCAACAAUGCAUCGGGUUCUAUUAUAUCUAGACCUGCUAAAAUUACACGUUACUACUUAAAUCGCGUGCUUCUCCCCAUCGCUCCUAGUUCAAUCUGCGUGCUUCCAAACGUCUUUUUUCAAACGGAGCAACGAGGCACUUUAUCACUCGGAAUCCUCGGAACAAGACCAUUU